UAUUAUUAUUAUUAUUAUUAUUUAAAAGAUGUUUUAUUACAUAUGAAUUUAAUGAAUAUUCAUUAUAUUACUUAUAUUCAAUUAGUAAUGUUAUAUAUAAUAAUAAGUAGUAUAGAAAUAAAUGUAAAAGAAUUAAACAAUGUUAAUAAUGUAAUAAAUUAUCAUCAUGAUCAUAAUGAUCUUCACUCUGAUCCUGAUCCUGAUCAAAAUCAUGAUCCUGAUCCUGAUCCCGAUCAUAAUAAUAAUGAUAUAAUGAAUAAUGGUAUUAAUGAUAUCAUGAAUAUAUUAGAAACAGUAAAUAAUCUAUCUAUACAAGAAUAUACAUCUAUGAAUGAUGAUAUUUCUAAUAAAGAAGAUCAUCUGAAACUUUUACGUUAUCCACGUUCUAUUUCAUUAACAUCAACUAAAGAAUUAAAUAAUGAAUAUGAAGAUAUACCAUGUUAUUUUCAAUGUAUUCUAAGAUCAUAUCAAAAUAAUGAAGAAAUUAAAAAAAUUUCUAAAAUAGUAUUACAUAUAUCUAAAGAAAAAAUUACUAUAUUAGAUUGUUUUAAUUCAUCAUCUUCUUUGAAAACAGUGACAACGACUAUGACAACGACAUUGACCACAGUGACAACGACAAUGACAACGAUGUCAUCGACAAUGAUGAUGAGUUCAAUACCGAUGAAUAAUUUAUGGAAUCAAUCAAUUAUAAGUCAAUGUGUUAUACAUUUUACUAAACGUUUAUUACAUAUUAUUAUUGGUAAAUUAUCAUAUAAUUUCAAUAUAGAUUGGUUUAUUAUUACUUCUAAUCAAUUUAUUAGUAGUAUAUAUUAUUCUAUUGAAAGUUAUAUACAAUCAACAACUGAUUUAUAUAUAACAUUAACUAUACCAAUAUAUCGUUUAGAUAGACAAGAUUUCAAUAGAUUAUCUAAAUGGUUAAAAUAUCUCUCUAUAAAUGGUAAACAAUUACGUUAUAUAGAUGUAAUGCUUAUAGCUAAUUUAACAUUAGAUUAUUUUAUAUUACAAGAUUGUAUAAGAAAUGAUGAAAUUAUUAUCAAUCCCUUAGUAACAACAUUACCAGAUUCACGUAUUGAAUUAUAUAAUCAUAAUUAUAAAAAUUGUUUAGUAUAUUGGAUUUAUACAUGUCCUAAUUAUUCACAAUUUAUACUUAUUGCUGAUAAAAAAACACAUCAAUAUUAUUGUAAUACAAUCAAUUCUAUGAAACAAUCAAAAUUACAUUUAGUUACUAAACAAUCAAUAAUUAAAAAUUUACGAGCUAAAAGAUCAUUAAAACAUUCAUAUGAAAGAAAAAGUACAACAUCACUAGCAUCAACACCACCAUCAUCACCACCACCACCACCACGACCAGCAUCAUUAUCACCACCACCAGUAUCAUCAUCAUCAUCAUCAUCAUCAUCAUCAUCACCACCAACACCACUACCAACAAUCUCGUCAUUGACAACAUCUUCUAUUGAAACGUUGAUUAAUAAUCAAAUUCAAUCCAUCCAAUCUAAGAUACAUAAUCAUUCAAAUAUAUUGACAGUAAAAAAUCAAACUAUGAAAGAUUGUACUUUCAUAGAAAAUGAUAUCAAACAAUUUAUCAAUGAUAAAUGUGAACAGAAAAUAACAUGGUUAACAAAUAUGUUAACUAUACUACUUAUAAUAUUAUUAGUAAUGAUUAUUAUUCUAUUGAGUUUAUUAUUAGGAUUUAGUUAUUUUAUCAAACAAUAUUUAUUAUUAAAACAUGAAAGUAAAAUAAGAUAAAUGAAACUAUAGUGACUAGUUUAUUGAUUAAAAAAAAAGGGGAUGUAUAGUUACUAUGCAAUAUUGAAAUGAAUAUCUUCUAUUACUUAACCACCACCACCCCCUUGUUACUUUUUCAUGGGAUAAAUCAAUGUAAUCAUAUUAUUAUUUUUCAUUUAUGGAUAUAAGAGUGUUUCUUUUGAAGGGGGGGGGCGAGUUCUUUGUUUUUUUUCUUUUUUCUUGUUUAUUGAUUAAAUAUAAUCAUGAAUUUGACUACUUACAAGUAGUAGUAUUUGUAUUAUUGGAUAUGAUAGUGAUUACAAUGGUUAAGAUCACAAGUUAAUUGAAGUUCUAUUUCGUGGAUUGGUUGAGGUUAGACAUUAAUAUCGUUGGAUAACAGAUGACCUAGUGAUCUGAUAGGUCGUGGGUUCGAAUCUCGAGACGCGGGAUCAUGGAUAUGCAUUACUAAGGAGUACAACAAUAGAACGAAAAGAUUGUCCAAUGCUUUUAGGUUUUCAGUAGAGGUCUUACUUUAAUUGACUCAUGAUUUCAACAUGAUAAGUAAGAGUAUGGUUACUAGUUUAUUGAUUAAAAAAAGGGGAUGUAUAGUCACUAUACAUCAUUGAAAUGGAC